AUGGAGAGGGUGGAGGAAUCGGCGAAUAAAGUGGAAGAAGAAGUAGGGAAAGUGGUGGAGCAAGCCAGAGAGUUGCACGAAUCAGGCACUUCCCUCAUAUCGAGGAUAUCGAACGAGGAGCAAUCUCUUCGCCAAAAAGCUAAUUCUCUCGAAUCCUCUAUUCGCCGCCUCCGUUCCCUUCUCUCUCAAAAGCUUUUGGAUCCCAAGCUCUCCGAGAAGCUUGAAGAGGAUUUACAGAGAGCCAGAUGCAUUAUGACCGAUGGAAACGCCGCUGCUUUUCUUCCUGCCAAAGCUCAGGGAAGAUUUCUGAGGAUGUUUCUGGGACCAAUCAAUGUGCGUGCAUCCCGCAAAGACGUCCAGUUGAAAGUUAAGGAGGAAUAUAAUAGCUACAAAGAUAGGACUGCCUUUCUGUUUCUUCUUUUUCCAUUAACUUUGCUUAUUUUAAGAUCUUGGAUCUGGGAAGGAUGCUUGCCUGCAUUUCCAGUUCAAUUGUACCAGGCAUGGUUGUUGUUCCUUUACACUGGUUUGGCUUUGCGAGAGAAUAUAUUGGGAGCCAAUGGAAGUGAUAUUCGUUCAUGGUGGAUAUACCAUCAUUAUUGUGCAAUGGUUAUGGCCCUAGUUAGUCUCACUAUGGAGAUUAAAGGACAGCCUAAUUGUGCUCAAAAGCAGAGAGGUGUAGAACUUUUCCUUCAAUGGGCUAUGAUGCAAGGGGUUGCCAUGCUUCUUCAAAAUAGAUAUCAGCGCCAGAGACUUUAUACGCGUAUUGCCCUUGGAAAGGCUAAUAGAAUGGAUGUCGUCUGGGGAGAAACAGCUGGUGUAGACGGCCAGUUGUGGGUUUUAUGUCCAGUACUUUUCCUUAUGCAGGGUUUUGAGGCAUAUGUUGGACUACUAUUGCUCAAGACAGCAUUUGUUGGGGUUGAUUCUGAAUGGCAGGUAAUUUUUUGUGGUGUCCUUUUCGUUUUGAUGGCUGUUGGGAACUUUAUAAACACAGUACAGACACUCAUGACAAAGUCAAGGUUUAAGGCAAAGAUGAAAAGAACUAAGAGCAAGCAGUAGUUGGAUUUGUUAGGUCAAUCUUCCAUAGUUUUAUAGUCUCAUUUUUUUUUAUGUUUCCAGCGUCUCAAACAUGUUUGGUUUUAGAUGAGGCAAUGAAAAUUCUUUCCGAGAUUUUUCAUUUUCACAGGGAGUUCAACUUCCUAUGAAAUUACUGUUGGUUUUUUUUUUUUUUUCCUUUUUCCGUCUUUUCCGUUAUCCAAAGUAAAGAGUACUGUAAAUUUGAGUGGAAACAAGCAAUGCCAUAUUCUUGGCCGCUCUCACCUGACCUAAAGCAGCAGGGGAUUCUCAUAUUUGGGAGUUCUCAUGGGACAAAGAUGAGGCAGCCGAAAACAUGGCCUUUCUAUGCUAGUUGUCUUUUUUUUUUUUUUUUCUUAUUGGGCCUGAAAUUCUUCACCAUUUUGUAACUCUAAGAAAAUGCCAAGCCCAAUGGUCGGCUUUCUCAUUACAAAUAAUUGGCUUGUACUGUAAUGCAACCAGUUUUCAUUUCUCCAAUUAAUAAAAGAUUGAGAAAGGGGAUUGUAAACUUUAAUACGAUCUUACUUAAAAUCUGUAUUCCCUUAUCUAAUUUUAUGGUACUUUAAAAGUUGUGUUAGUUAUUUAUUCACCUGUCACUAUUCCAUCAUUAAAUGUUUUUAUUCGAUUUAUCAUAUGGA